GGCGGUUCCGGUUCCGGUGGAGAGCUCGGUGGUCCCGGUGUUAGAAUGAUGAUGUCUCUCCUGUCCCGAUUGCUGGAUUGGUUCCGGUCGUUGUUCUGGAAGGAGGAGAUGGAGCUGACUCUGGUGGGCCUCCAACACUCCGGGAAGACGACGUUCGUCAAUGUGAUCGCGUCCGGACAGUUCAGUGACGAUAUGAUCCCUACGGUGGGGUUCAACAUGCGCAAAGUGACCAAAGGAAACGUGACCAUAAAGAUCUGGGACAUCGGGGGUCAGCCCGCGGUUCCGCAGUAUGUGGGAGCGAUAUUGUCGGGGGGUCAAUGCCAUUGUGUAUAUGGUGGACGCGGCAGAUCGGGAGAAGAUUGAGGCGUCUCGGAAUGAACUGCACAACCUGCUUGACAAGCCGCAGCUACAGGGGAUACCGGUCCUGGUUCUCGGGAACAAGCGGAUCUCUCCAGCGCAUUGGACGAGAAGCAGCUGAUUGAGAAAAUGCACCUGUCGUCCAUCCAGGACCGAGAAAUCUGCUGCUACUCCAUUUCCUGCAAAGAGAAGGACAACAUAGAUAUCACUCUGCAGUGGCUGAUCCAACAUUCCAAGUCCCGCCGCAGCUAA